AUGGUCUCGGGUAGUUUGGGGGUGUUGGUGGGUGAUGGCGUAGUUUACAAAUACCCCAAAAAUUUGGUAAGAGAGAAUUUAUUUAAUGUCGAUAAAGCAAAACAAGUGGUAUCAACAACAAGAAGUUUUGUCAUUCGCAUAUGUAAUAAAUUAAUUUUCGACAUUGCCAUAUUACCUGAUGAAUACAGUGAAUUUGCCGGUGAUUGCAAAAGUAGUAGAGGACUAAGCGAUACAAUCAAAUUUGAUCGGUCAUUAAUGGCCGGAUGUGACAAUGAACCACGUCCGAUGGAAAUUUUUUUCUUAUUUGUCAAAUUAUUGCACGAAAUUUCUCAUGCCGUCAUAUUUCAAUUUGGGCGAGAAUUUUUGAGACAUGAGAGAAAAACAAACGUAAAAUUUCAAACUCCCAAAACCCACUGUCUUGGAGCUGAAGCGGGAUCUGCUAUGGAAAAAUUCUUAUUUGGAUCAGCAAUCGAUGCACCAGGUAUUGUACAAGAAGAUAAAUAUCGAAUAAAUUACUUAAUAUUAAGCGAUGGUAAGCAGUCUGGUGCAAUUAAUAAUUUCUGGAUUGAUCAAUUUGUCUACGAUGCCAUUAACUGCUCAAAAUUAAAGACAAUUGAAUCGAUCCAAUUACCAUGGUAA